ACCAGGGCAACCAGGCAACCAGUAGGUUCUGUGCACUCCUCAGCCCCAAGUCUGCCAUGGCUCGGCUCUACCACCUGACCCUCCUCUCCGUCUUCUUCCUCCUGACCCUCACCGGCCUCGAGACUGCCGAUCCCUCCAGAGAGAAGAAGGUGACCAUGACCGUCCAGUUUCCGCCUGCCGACUCGCCGCCGGGGGAGAAGAUCACGAUCUCAACGCACUACAUCGACGAGGACGGGGUGGGCGACAGCCACGUCCAUCUCGACUGCGACGACCAUGAGCCCCAGCUUGGUUCCGCCGUAAAACACCUUGUCAGGAGCCUGGAGAAGAUACGAGAUGAGGAGGCGUCUCUAUCCGAGGCCUACGACAUGCCCAGUCAGUGGAUGCAGGUCCUCUUUCAUUUGGUCUCAGGGAAAAUCAGGCGCGAUUUACUUUAUUAUCGUAGUAUUAUGUCUGCAAGGAGCUCCUUCGCUCGUGCCAACAAUCACUCGGUGUUGGCAGCUCUAUCCACCUCGCACUACUAGACCCAGGCUGAAGAAAUCUUCCGCGUUCAGUCUGUUGAGUGCCCAUUCCGGGAGCGUAUCAGUUAUCAGGGGUCGUUAUUUAGGUUGUAGUGAUGUGGUAGCCUGCACUGUGCAGGGUGCUGGAGUACAUCUGCCUUCAGUUAUCUCUGUAUUAUUUGGA